GUACGCGCCCCGUUGUACAGCCGUCCCCUUCUCUUCUGUAGGUGCGCGUCCGUGUCAUUAAGUGUUAUGGGGCGGGGGCGCGCCUUGCCAUGCCGCGCAGUGUGAAAAAAGAAGGAGGCGGUGGUGGUGCCUGUUCUUGUGAGGGAGGAUAAUGAUUUAUAUGUGACUGGAAGAGCUCACUGACACACCGGGAGGUGGAAAGGUUGAAAGUCGGAGGGAAAUUACUAAGGAAAAGCGAAGAGAAGCCAAGGAGUGACAGAGCUCAGCUUCUUGAAUGAAUUGUGGAGCACCAUUUUAAAAAAUGAAGAAGCACCCACCAAACCGGAGAGGUAUAAGCUUUGAAGUUGGAGCGCAGUUGGAAGCACGCGACAGGCUGAAAAAGUGGUACGCUGCUCACAUUGAGGAAAUAGACUACGAAGAAGGCAAAGUGCUGAUUCAUUUCAAGCGUUGGAAUCACCGCUAUGAUGAAUGGUUUUGCUGGGAUAGUCCUUAUCUGCGUCCUUUAGAGAAGAUCCAGCUAAGGCGGGAAGGCUUGGUCGAAGAUGAGCAACAUGUGGUGUUUCGUGUAAAUGAACAAGUGUUGGCUUGCUGGUCUGACUGCAGGUUUUAUCCAGCAAAAAUAAUAUCUGCUAACAAGGAUGGUACUUACACUGUGAAAUUCUUUGAUGGUGUUGUGCAGACUGUCAAAAAUAUUCAUGUCAAAGCCUUUUCCAAAGACCAGGAAAAUGGUCCCCGUCUGAAGGUAAAGGAAAAGUGCAGGGAAGGUACUUCACCAUCUGACAAAUAUAGGGCGAAGUUUAAAGAACAGAGAAAGUCAGCAGAGAACACCCACCCAGUCAAAGAGAAAUCUAUAGCCCCCGAAAAGAAAUCAUCCCAGCCAGAAAGAGAAAAGAAACCUGUAGUCAGUGAGAAAAGCAAGAUCCCGGAGAAAAAUGGAGUAAAGAACGAGAAGGAAGACAAAGAAAACAUAUCUGAGAACGAGAGGGAGUCUUCUGGGGAUUGUCGACAGGAAGAAAGAAGCACCCCAAGUGAAAGCUUAAAAACGCCGCUUGAAAAUGGGGAUAGACGAAAGAAACGGGAUAGGCCGACCACAGCACCACCCUCUGAUUCUGUUUCACAAACAUUGCAACCAGUAACACUGGAACUAAGGAGACGCAAAAUAUCGAUAGGAUCAGAAAUACCCACAAAGAGAUCCCGAUUAGAUAAAAGCACAAAAAAGAGUCUUCCUGCAAGUGAAAAUGUAAAGGUUGAGAAUGGUUUGCCAGAAGAACUGCAUCCUGAGGCUGAUGAUAUCUGUGAGACAGAGGAUACGUUAUCCCCCCUAAGUUUAUCAUCAUGUGAGAGUCAGGAGAAACUGUCAGAAAAUGAGGAAAAAACAACAGCACCACUUACUGAAGAGGAGGGUGUAUCGCAAGAACCCAAUGUAACGUCUAUGGAAACACAGGAAGUGCAUACAGAGAGCUUAACACCAUCUAACACAGAGCAAAGUGAAGCAAAGACACCAACAGAGACAGAUGACUUUGUGGAGCUCAGUGUUAAUGAUGUCCCUUCCUCCACACCUGAUAUGAAAGCAGAAGAAAACAAUAGCACUGAGAGUAAGCAGAAUCAAGAGGUGCCAUCUGUACCGGCUCCGAUGAAGCGGAUUCCUCGCUCUGACACUUCUGCUAAGUACAGCAGAGAACCUUUAACACAUGCACUGAAGAAAUCCGAUGAUCCAGCUCCCAAAGCUGUGACCAUGGAACUGGAUCCCAACAGGUUUAAGUGCAAGUUUUUGGAUUGCUCGAAAUCUUUUCGCAAAGCAAAACUGCUGCACUACCAUAUGAAGUAUUUCCAUGGGAUUGAGAAAGCAGAGCAGGAUCAGAGCCCUGUGACCAGACAUAUGCAGACAAGAGGUUCUUUAGCUCAUGAAAAGUCCAGCCAAGAAACUCCAAAGAGGAGACGGACCACCUCUGGUUCUCUGCACACGCCUCUUCAGAUAUCAUUGCGGAGCUCCCCUCAGGAUGGCAAAGCGGAGAGGUUAGGAGAAAAGAGACGACAUUCAAUGCAUGCCUCAUAUACGUCAAACUCUCACCGGCCUUCCCUCAAAGAGAAGAGCAAGGAGAAUCAGAUCCAGAAAACACACAGCAAAUCUGACAAACAGUCAGAGAGCGUUAAAGACAAAGAAAAGAUUAGAGAGAAACUCAAGGAUUCCUUGAAUCUAAAAGCUAGAAAGAAAAAAAAGAAGAAAAAGAAACCCAGAUUAGAGAAUUCUGGUAGUGAAGAAAACCUUGAUAUAUCUAAAGAGCUGUCUCCCAAAAAAACACAAGUUAUCAAACAGAGUCCUGAUUUUAAGCCUUCCUCUCAAGUGAAAAGUGCCCCAUUGAGGAGCUCGGAGCAUGGCCGAAGAAAAGACACAGGAAGGUUAAGCGAUGAGGAUACUCUGAGUGAUUCCUGCACUGAAAGCUUGCUUUGGAGCGAUGAUGAUGACAACAAUGAAGAGAUAGAUGUGACCAAUGCCGAUGAAGAACUAGAGGAAGAGCCUGGAGAUUGUGAAAUAGUUCGGUGCAUGUGUGAGGUGCAGGAUGAGAAUGAUUUUAUGAUUCAGUGUGAAGAAUGCCUUUGCUGGCAGCAUGGUGUCUGUAUGGGGCUGCUGGAAGAUAACGUUCCUGAGAAAUACAAGUGUUAUAUAUGCCAGGAUCCACCAGGUCAGAGGCUAAGUCUGAAGUAUUGGUAUGACAAGGAGUGGCUGGACAAAGGGCAUAUGCACGGCUUGUCAUGUCUAGAAGAAAACUACUCUCAUCAGAAUGCAAGGAAAAUUGUGGCCACGCAUCAGCUUCUAGGGGAUGUACAGCGAGUGAUUGAGGUUCUGCAUGGACUGCAGCUGAAGAUGAGUAUAUUGCAAAGCAAAGAGCAUCCAGACCUGAAAUUCUGGGGCCAACCUUGGAAACAGCAAGCCGUGAAUGACAAAUGUUACAUCAGGCGCAGCUUGGAGGAAAACUCUUGCAAAGGUGACUCCACAAAUCAUAGGACUUAUAAUGGUGCCGUGGACAAACCCUCCCCCAUUCCUUCUGUGGAGGAAUCUUACAUCACAAGCGAACACUGUUACCAAAAACCUAGGACCUAUUACCCUGCUGUGGAACAGAGACUGGUCGUGGAGACACGAAGUUCAGCGUUGGACGGUGGAGUGGAGCGAAUACGGCAGAGCAGGGAAGACUCAAUCGCUGAGAGACUUGGGUGGGAGUUAGACAGAGAGCUGAUAAAAACAGAGAGUGAAUCAAAGCAUAAUUACUGUAAGGUAAGAGAGUGCCUGUCUAAGAGGAACCCUCCCCAAGAAUCCACACAUCCGCAGCCAACCGAUAUUAGCGACGGUGGGGUCAGCUCACAGAUACAGUGGCAACUAAACUUACUGGCACAUCUGGAGUCUCUGCAGGAUGAAGUCACUCACCGGAUGGAUUUCAUUGAGAAAGAACUCGAUGUUCUAGAGAGUUUCUUGGACUACACAGGAGAACUCGAGCCUCCGGAACCCCUCGCACGACUUCCUCAGCUCAAGCAUCGAAUCAAACAGCUCUUGACGGACCUUGGCAAAGUGGAGCAAAUAGCUCUCUACUGCUCAACAUGAGGAGCAUACAGUUGCCCAUCUUGGCUGGUCCUCUGUAAGACUGUACAGGGCUCUGGCGCUACAGAGCUUGGGAAUAGCAUGCAGACUGCAUGUGCUGCAGACAAGACUGCAGGGCUGAACAAGGACAUGAUCGGCCUCAAAGCAAAGGCACUCUGUUGUUAUACUUUCAUAAUGAGGAGUAUUUUCAAAAAAACAAAACAAAAAAAAAAAAAUGUAGUGCUGAGGCCUGGGUCUUUUCGUUUUCUCGCCUUGGUUACCAUGAUUUGCUAGCCGCUUAUUUUGUAGCGUCUCAUCUGUAGCUUCUUAACUCUUUCAAUGCCAGUAGGGUGCAUUGUAGUCAAGAAAGCCCCCCCCCCCCUCCUCCGGCACAGAAAGGGGUUGUUAUUUUUGCUCUUAUAAUUGUGUUUGUUCUAAUGAAACAAAAAAAACUUUUUUUUUUGUAUUUGUUUUUUGAAAUGUGACUUGAAAUGUUGCCACUAAGGACAGUCCUGAUAGCAAAAAAAAAAAUGCAUUGUGGAGUCUAUCUGCAAAUUGUUUCGCUGUUUUAUUUAAGUGUUUGCCGGCUUCUCUCUUCCUUUUCGAUUACAUAUAGAGCAGUAUUUAAUCAUCGAGAAGUAUAGUCAUGACAUUUUGGUCGGGUUAUUGCCGUGAGAAACGUUCUACUUUUCCAUUGUUAUUCUGUUGCCGCUGUGUUUGUAGCUAUUCUGUUCUAUUCUGGGUUUUUUUUUUUGUAUUCUCUUUCUUUUGCUUGUUGUACUUGCGGUAAUGGUACACCGAUGCUGUACGGUUUAUCUUAAUGGCUACGGCAUGAUAUGUAGAGAAUGAUCUACAACAUAACUUUUUGUAUUCUUAAUUUCUAGUAAAUUAUGGCCAAGCUGUGCCUACAGAGCAAGGGAAAAAAAACUAAAUAUAUGCUAACUGAAUGUGAUAUUUAAUAUGGCAUUUUUCUGCAUAAAAAUGGGUCAUUCCUCUGUUUAAAUACUAAUCCUUUUUAAAACUAUUAUGUGCUCCAUCAUAGAAGAGGUACUUAGUUCCCCUGCAGUACGAACUUCAGAAAUCAGAUCUGAGGUAUAGCAUGUUAUCAUUCCAGGAACUACAGGAGACUUUCCGCUAUGACGUUGCCCACCUUAUACACUUGGCCUUUGCCGAGGUCCCCACUGGCUUUCAAGCUGCCCCGUCACUAGUAUGUCACCCAAACAAGCAUGGUGUAACAAAGGAAAGCAAAUAUAUGUAUUAGGGUGAAGACACACAGAGCUACUUAGUAGCAGCUACUUGUCAUGGCUACCAGAAUCCCCUGCCAUAGACAAUACUGAGAAUUGCCUCUGCAAAAACACACGUAGAGACAAUUAUCAGUAAAUGAUCAGCAUUGUCUGUUUCUGAAGCUGCUACAAGUAGCUCUGUGUGUCUUCACCCAUAGCCCUUUCACUGCCAAGGGGUCUACACCAGAUGAUGUCCUGGUAGUAAAAGUGGAAACUGUGGGACUCUUUGUUCAUUCUUUGUGUAGUCAGAAUGAGAAUGCAUUUGGCUGAAAUUCUGCUAGUUUAUGAAUCAAUUUCCUUGUCUUCCCCCCACCCCCCAAAUAUGUGAUUGGGCUGCACUCAAUGUAUUUUUUAACUAUAGAGAUGCUUUGUCUUUGGGCAAAGGUUUAUUCUGUGUUACUUUUCUCCUGUUUUGUUUUAAGUGCCAGAAACACCAGAAAAUGAAAAUGCCCUCAAUGCAUUUACAAGUAACGAUCAAUUAGUCGCCAAUUUUUAUGAUUCUGCAUCAUUUCUAGAAAACAUAUAUCUAGAAUAUCCACAUAUAUAAUGAAGAUACCUUCAGACACAAGAGCUGAUAUCAAACUCACUGCAAUGUAAAAAAAAAAAAAAAAAGUGACGUCUGCACUUUAAUGUACUUAAUAGAAAUGACUGGUAUUUCAAAUGAAUACGUUUCAGUUUUUGGUGUUAAUGGUUCUUUCAAGGUUUAUUUUUGUUCUGUUUUCCCUGUGAAUCCAUCACGUUCCAGCCAACGCACAGUGAUAAUACUGGUGGCGCAGGAAAUGAUUGCCUGUAUCAGUCAAAUUCUAUUUCUGUCCUUUUGUUCCCUUAUUAAAUCAUUUCGGUUACCAUGCAGCAUGGAAUCAAGGAGAAUCACUGAUCCGAGAUAUUUGCCAUCAGAAUUAAGGAAAAAAAAGUCUUUAUUGGGAGAGUUGUUUUUCUUUAAGGAACUGUUCUUCCUAAAAUAAAUGAAAAAGUGGGGAAAAGA